AUCAUACUCUGAACAAGUGUCAGCAAAUAAAGCCUAUUCUUCCCAAGGAGAUUAUGAAUUAUGGUAACAACCUUUCAAGUGGCUCUUCUUCAGGCAGACUUUUGGGGUUCCGGUUGCCUGGAUUGAGACUUUUAACGUACAGAAAGCAGUCCUUACCACAAGAAGACCCUGAUGCAGUGAUAGUCGAUUCAUCCAAGCACAGCGAUGACUCAGUGGCUAUGAAGCACUUUAAAUCACCUACAAAAGAAAGUUGCAGUCCUUCAGAAGUGGAUGAUACAAAAGCACUGAUUCAACCCAGUAAAUGUUCACCUUUGGUUAAUAUAUCAGGACCUCUUGACCAUUCAUCACCUAAACAGCAAUGGGACAGACUUUACCCUGACAUGAUACAGACAAGCAAUCCACUAACCCAUUCCAGAUCAAAGGAAAGCAUUUGUAGUAUACGGAGAGCAUCUUCAGUACACGACAUAGAAGGCUUUAACGUCCAUCCCAAGAACAUUUUUAGGGACCGUCACGCAAGUGAAGACAAUGGUCGCAAUGUCAAAGUUUCACGUUCCUGGAUGGCAGGGGGGCCUUUUAAUCAUAUCAAGUCAAGUCUGUUGGGAUCCACAUCGGAUUCAAACCUCAACAAAUACAGUACAAUCAACAAAAUUCCUCAACUCACACUGAACUUUUCAGAUAUCAAAAGUGAAAAAAAAUCUUCAUCUCCUCCAUCUUCGGAGAAAGCGAUUAUUGCACCUAAGGUGAAAGACCGAACGCACAAUGUAACAGAGAAAGUUACCCAGGUUCUAUCCUUAGGGGCUGAUGUUCUACCAGAAUAUAAACUCCAGACACCUCGCAUCAACAAGUUUACUAUAUUGCACUAUAGUCCUUUCAAAGCUGUCUGGGACUGGCUCAUUUUGUUGCUGGUAAUAUACACUGCCAUAUUCACCCCUUACUCUGCUGCCUUCCUUCUGAAUGAUAGUGAGGAACGGAAGAGGAGAGAGUGUGGAUAUUCUUGCAGCCCACUGAAUGUUGUAGACUUAAUUGUGGAUAUUAUGUUUAUCAUUGACAUUCUAAUAAACUUCAGAACAACAUAUGUAAACCAGAAUGAAGAAGUGGUAAGUGAUCCAGCAAAAAUAGCAAUUCACUACUUCAAAGGCUGGUUCCUAAUUGACAUGGUUGCUGCAAUACCUUUUGACCUGCUGAUUUUUGGCUCGGGCUCUGAAGAGACAACAACAUUAAUAGGUCUUCUGAAGACAGCUAGACUGCUGCGUUUGGUGAGGGUAGCACGGAAACUGGACAGAUAUUCAGAAUAUGGUGCUGCAGUUCUGAUGCUCCUUAUGUGCAUAUUUGCGCUAAUUGCACACUGGCUUGCUUGCAUUUGGUAUGCCAUUGGAAAUGUAGAAAGACCUUACUUGGCUCACAAGAUUGGCUGGUUGGAUUCUUUAGGAGAACAAUUAGGCAAGCAUUACAAUAAGAGUGAUGCAAGCUCUGGACCAUCCAUCAAGGACAAAUAUGUUACAGCACUUUAUUUUACCUUCAGCAGUCUGACAAGUGUAGGAUUUGGAAAUGUGUCUCCAAAUACCAACUCAGAGAAAAUCUUUUCCAUCUGUGUCAUGUUGAUUGGCUCAUUAAUGUACGCUAGCAUUUUUGGAAAUGUAUCUGCAAUAAUCCAAAGACUCUACUCGGGAACUGCACGGUAUCACAUGCAGAUGCUGCGCGUAAAGGAAUUUAUACGCUUUCAUCAAAUCCCCAACCCUCUGCGGCAGCGACUUGAGGAAUACUUCCAGCAUGCGUGGACAUACACCAAUGGCAUUGACAUGAACAUGGUCCUGAAGGGGUUUCCAGAAUGCUUACAAGCCGACAUUUGUCUGCACCUCAAUCAAAAUUUGCUUCAGAAUUGCAAAGCUUUCCGAGGGGCCAGUAAAGGCUGUCUUCGAGCUUUGGCUAUGAAAUUUAAGACAACACAUGCACCUCCUGGAGACACUUUAGUGCACUGUGGAGAUGUUCUCACUGCUCUUUACUUUGUGUCAAGAGGCUCCAUUGAAAUCCUUAAGAGUGACAUUGUUGUAGCCAUUCUUGGGAAAAAUGAUAUUUUUGGAGAGAUGGUACAUCUUUAUGCAAAACCAGGAAAGUCAAAUGCAGAUGUGAGAGCUUUAACUUACUGUGAUUUGCAUAAAAUCCAGCGAGAAGAUCUACUAGAAGUUUUGGACAUGUACCCUGAAUUUUCUGAUCUCUUCCUCACCAAUCUAGAACUGACUUUUAAUCUGAGAGAUGAAACUGCAAAG